CUCUCACGCAAGCGCAUCACUCAGGAGCGAGUUUCAUAAAAGCCCGCAUCUCUUCUUCCUGUCAGCAACCAGGAGGCGGGGUGCUGGAGCUGAAGUGGGUGAAGGUCCACAGUGGAGUCGGGCAUGUCCAAACAUAUCUGGUCAGACCAGCCGGCCAACCUCCACGCACGGUGAGCUGACACUACGUAUAGGCUGAACAGAAGGUUGUUAUUAUCCGCACAGUCAGGCUCGUCUGACGCCGCUAUGUUUGUGUGAGGAGCUUUAAACUGAAGUGAAUGGGCUCGUCUGCUGAAGACUAGACACUGUGAGUCUCUGCGUGCGGUUAGGUCAUGUCCUUCCCGGUGAAAGUGAUACGAGAUGGGCUGCUGGAGAAGCGCAGCAGCGGGCUUCUCCAGCUGUGGAAGAAGAAGCGCUGCGUGCUCACGGAGGAAGGGCUCCGCCUGCUCAGCUGCAAAGGCAGAGGCAGUGAUGCUCCGGGGUCGGCGUGGAGCUCCAGAGCUAAGGAGCUGCGCUUUGAACGCAUGGAAACGGUGGAGUGCGUGGAGUACAAGCGAGAGAUGGUCUACUUCACAGUGGUCAUGGCUAAAGGGAAGGAAAUAGACUUUCGGUGCGCACAGGAAGGCACGCUGUGGAACGCGGAGAUCGCCUUAGCGCUGGUCCGAUACAAGAACCAGCAGGCCCUGCGGACCGGGAGGACCCGGCACCUGUACACGGCGCCCUUAGGCAGCACCGGGGAGGAUGAAGUGCUUUGACUGGACAGUAAGAUCAACACUGGUGAAGGUCAACAAAGUGACUCCCUACCUCCUCAGUUUGGGACUAAUAGAAGGUGAGGAGGAAUUCCCACAUCUUCUGUUUUGUUUCUUUUCUGCACAGCAACCUGGGAUGUGAGGGAAAACCCAACAGUGACGAUGGAUAACAGGACCAGGAACAUGCACACUGUUUGAAGUUUUUGCUGUGAUGGCAACUUUUGUUUAUUAAAAAUUAACCAUUCAGAGACUUAUGGAAUAUUUAAAAACAUUAGAAACUGUUAAACUUGAAAAUAGUUCACCCUUUGUGCCUUCUUGAUUCAAAAAUACUACUUAAAGCAUCACUUUAAAGGAUUUUGACACUAGAGUAGAAAAAUAAUGUUUUUGUACAGACUUAACUCAUUCAUGAAGUUUAACAUGAAGAAUUUUUUUUCCCUGAAUCCUUUGGAAGAUUCUCUUAAGUGUGUUUGCUGAUGUGAUGCACAGUAUUACAAAUAUGUAAAUAAAUUCAUUCUUAAGCA